ACAUGGUCUUCCUGUGUGUUGCUCAGGUUCACAUAUGAAAUCGCUCCUGUGUUUGUUCUGAUGGAGCAACUGACCCUCAAGAAGAUGAGAGAGAUCAUUGGCUGGCCUAAUGGUGAUGGCGAUGGACUCUUCUCACCAGGUGGUGCCAUAUCAAACAUGUACAGUGUGAUGGUUGCGCGGUACAAGUAUUUCCCUGAAGUCAAAACCAAAGGCAUGUCUGCAGCACCACGACUCGUGCUUUUCACUUCUGAACAUAGUCAUUAUUCAAUCAAAAAGGCAGGAGCAGUACUGGGAUUUGGCAAAGAAAACGUAAUUCUUCUGAAGACAGAUGAGCGGGGGCGUGUCAUACCUGCUGACUUAGAGGCCAAGGUCACUGAUGCCAAACAGAAGGGUUACGUGCCACUGUUUGUGAACGCAACGGCUGGGACCACAGUAUAUGGAGCAUUCGAUCCCAUCAAUGACAUUGCAGACAUCUGUGAGAAGUACAACCUGUGGUUACAUGUGGAUGGUGCAUGGGGCGGAGGACUGUUAAUGUCCAGGAAACACCGUCACAAGCUAAGCGGCAUUGAGAGAGCAAACUCGGUCACAUGGAACCCUCAUAAGAUGAUGGGUGUACCAUUGCAAUGUUCAGCCAUCCUGGUUAGAGAGAAGGGCAUUCUGCAGGGCUGCAACUCCAUGUGCGCUGGAUACCUCUUCCAACCAGACAAACAGUAUGAUGUGAACUACGACACCGGCGACAAGGCCAUCCAGUGUGGCAGACAUGUAGACAUCUUCAAAUUCUGGCUCAUGUGGAAGGCCAAGGGCACAAUUGGGUUUGAGCAGCACAUUGACAGAUGUCUGGAGAUUUCUGAAUAUCUCUACAAUAAAAUCAAGAACCGUGAGGGAUAUGAAAUGGUCUUUGAGGGACAGCCCCAGCACUCAAAUGUUUGCUUCUGGUAUAUUCCACCAAGCUUGCGUGGCAUGCCAGAUGGAGACGAAAGAAGGGAGAAACUACACAGGGUGGCACCGAAGAUCAAAGCAAUGAUGAUGGAGUGCGGCACAACCAUGGUAGGAUACCAGCCACAAGGAGACAAGGUCAACUUCUUCCGAAUGGUUGUCUCCAAUCACGCCGUCACCAAGUCUGACAUCGAUUUCCUCAUCGAUGAGAUCGAGAGGCUGGGUCACGGCGUUUAAGAGCAGAGAACUGCAGCUCUGUACACUAACGAGGCUCAGGCAUCUCGACAGGACAGUCGCACGGUCUACACAUUCAAUGGCUGUGUUUCGACAUCGUAUUGUGGUCCAAUAUGUUCUGUCCUUUUUCUCAAUGUCUUUAGAUCUUUAACUUACAGAUCACGUAGCCUGUAUAGCUACACAGUCACCUUAUAACACAGUUUAAAUCCAUUGGGAUCAUGUCGGUGCUUGUGUUUGUAAAUACAAAUGCAAAGACGCACCACCCUUUUAAUGCAGCUCGAACCCCUUUCUGUGUCAUAGUGGGGUCUGUGUGUAAACCAGUGGUUGAUCUGUAUUUUAGUGUUGUGUUUCCUAAACUUACCUUGUAGUAGGUCAUGUAAAGUGUUUAAUCAACACCUUUGUGAGGUGAAACGUUCAGUUUUCAGUUUGAAAUGUAAUGAUAUAAAUCUAUAAACAAAGACUUUAUUUAUAUUGUGAGCCAACGGUGUUUAAAAGGUAUUUCUCCCAUUUGUAACAGUUCUUCAUUUGUAUUUUAAGACAAGUUAUAUAUAAUCAAACAAGUUUAGGCUAAUGUUUAUGGUCCAGUAGUGUACUUGUGAGCCAAAGACAGAACUAGUGCCAUAAUUUACAAUAUACUCAAUAUUCUUCGAAAUAAGCAAGCGUAUAAAUGAUAGUAUAAAUCUAUAGACAUUUAUAUAAAUAUGAAUAUAUUGUAUAUGUUUGUUGUUCAGGCCCUUAACUCAGUGUGUUAGUGUUAUAAUGUUACCGUGUGCAUCUUUGACUGAAUGUUAUAAGCAAUCCUAUCAAUUAUCUGAAGGUAGUUAGUUACCAGAUGUAUAUUACUGAUUAUUGAUAUUCAACUCAGGCGAUUAUAGCAUCAUAUUUAAAAAAAGAGAGAAGAAAUAACAAAAGAAAACAAUAAAGCAAAAAGCACAAACUUAGAAGGAAGGCUGGAAAUGUCCUCAGGAUGCUGGAAGAUUGUGGUCAUAUUGAUAUUUAUUACAAGUUUAUUGAUAUGCAGUAUUUAGAUUCAGCUGUUGUCUUUGGAACAUGUGAAAGAUGACUGUUUAUUCCAUUCAUUCAUAUUUGUUCAAAGUGUUUUUGACAAAUGCACAAUUAUCUUUUUCCUCUAUUGUUGACUGUAUGUGAAUGUGAGGA